GUGGGGUCCUUUGCUUCCCCCUGCUGUCACCCUGAAACGGCACAGGGUGGGCUGUGGCUCCAGCCAGCCGUGGGAGUGGGGAAACUGAUGAGGAUGGGCUCCGCCGGCAAGCGCUCCCGCAUCCCACAGCUCCCACGGUGCUGCCGUCGAGAGCUGUGAGAGCGGGAGGCCAGCAGGAAUAAAAGCCAGCAAGCCCCCCCUCCGUGCCUCACCGCCCUCGGGCAGAGUCCCAGGGAGCCGAGCAGAGCUCUGGGGUCCCACCGGAGAGGGCUCUCCCAGCUGGCUUGCACUGAAGGCUGGAUUUUGCUGUUCCUCUGCCCCAUCUCCCACACGUGCAGGUGAACGGAUUUGGCAGCCACAGCACUCUCAGGCACUCCAAAAGGCUCACCACCAUGGCUGCUGGCCUGGAGAAAGCCUGCCACCGGUGCAUAUCUAAAAUUGCCAGCAAUGCAUGCUUUAUUUUUGGGCUCCUCGCUUUCCUUGCCUUACCACUGUCCAUGACUUUUAUAGGAAUGAAGUUUUUGGAAGACUGCCCAGUUCAGCCACUGAUUCCCUUAUAUCUGUUGGUGGGUGGCGUGAUUGGCAGCUUAAAGGUGACUCUCCUGCUGUACGACUCAACCAGGAUGAGGCAGCUGCUUUCCAAGUCCGUUGUGAUUGAUGAUGAUGAUGACGAUGAGUAUCCCUGGAGGCAGAAUGCUCACAAGUACUAUGUCCAUCUAACCCUCAGCCUUUUCCUCUUUCUCUGGUUCAUUCUUGGGAACUACUGGGUUUUUUCUGUGUAUCUGCCCAAUUUCAUCCCACCUUUUCAUCAGCCUCAGGAUUACUGUGACAAAACCCUGUACAUUUUUGCUGUUGGUGUUCUCAUUAUUAGCCAUACUGUUCUGUUUCUCCUUAUCUUUUGUAGCUGCUGCAUAUACUGUUUUUCCAGGCAAAGAUUCUCUUCUGAGGAAGACUAAAUGCUAUAUAAAUAAAUCUCCAGAUGUUUGGGAAAGCGUGUGCAACAAAGAACAGGCAAUAAUUCACCCUUGUGUACAUCUUUGUUGUAUGAUAUAUAUGUGUGAUAGCAGUCAACUUCAAGGGGAAAUUAGAAAUACAGUGCCACCUGGAAAUAGCUAUGCUGGAAUACAGCAUAGUCUAUGCAAAAAAUGCUGCUGCAGGUGCCAGGGUGUACUCCUGCUAACUUUUACAUCCCAUUUUUCAACUCUGGAUGUUUCAUCAGGAGUGAGCUCUUGCAGAUGGCAAACUCCUCUAAAACCAGGUCCCCCUUACAUUGUAUAUAGCACAGUACAUCUUUGCCUAUAAAAGUAGCCAUGUUGUUCUCUUCACUGGGAUCUGAACAUCUUUCCCCAUAGUCUUGCCGAGGUUUGCUAUUGUCCCUGCAUUAUAGAUGAGGGAGCUGAGACAAAGGGCUGUAUUCAGGCCACUUUGCAAAGCACAUAGACUCUGUGGACUCUGACAGUAACUGAGAUGCUCACUAGAGAGCUAUUCAGGCCACUGUCAGACUGGCCAGUAAGCAGCUGUGAUAGCAAUACAAGCAUGUACAAAAGGCAGACUGAAUAUGGCCCUCAGGUCUCCUCUGAAUUUGGACUAGAAAGCAUCUAUAUCUAACUUUGUGCCUAAACAUCCAUUUAUAUCGAAUACAUCUAAACUGAGCCAAGGCUGCUUUGCAAGUCUUUGGCAGAACAAAGAGCUGAGCUACUGAGUGUCAGAUUGGUGCUUCAACCAGGGCUCAGCAUUCCCCAGUCGGGGAUACACUUUUUCUAUAGCAGUAAUUUGUCAAUACCACACUAACACAAAGGUUACUGUCAACCACUGGGAUCAAGUUCAUAGAAAAACUGAUGAUGUUACCUUGGUAUUUUGAAUAUAAACCACGACAAUAAGACAUGGGUGGGGAUGUGAGAAUUUCAGGCAGAUGUGUUCUCUACAGCAGUUCUCUGGUUGUGGUGUGAAUGUACAUUUGAUUUGUUCACCUUGGUGCUGUACAUACAGAAAUCUGUACUUAAUGGACAGAUGUAAUGCAAGCAGCUUUUCAGUCAGCAGCAGCAGCUUUAAAAGCACCAGCAUGCAGAGAGACAAUUUUUUUUUGUGACAUGUAAUGGAACAACCCCAGAAGGGGCCCUGGUAGAUUGUUUUUCAUGUGUUGAUGAAUGCAGUGUAAAAGUGCUCUUUCUGCUUUUGCUCUUAUGCACUCAUGUUAAUGUGGUCAAAAUGGAGGGGAUCCCCUCUGGAUGAGCUUGAGAGUGGCCCAAGGCACAGGAAAAGAUGUGUGUAUUGUGUACUUUGUUAAAACCCACACAGCUGAAACUUGUGUUUUAGAGAAACCCAAAAGGGUUAUAAAAUGCCUGUGAGAGGGUGAGAUAUGCAAAAGAGCUCAACAAUAUGCCACAGCUGAACAGGGUCUGUUCAACCAUCCUUCCUGGGACUGAGCCUGAAAGCAGUGUAACAUCUGUGGGAACCACCUGUCUUCAAACAAGAACAUUUAUCUCACCAGCUAUUGUAUAGAUAAGUAAGCCUGCAUUUGGUUUACAAGGAUUUUAA